AUGGCCAAUUCUCAUAGAAACACAUUGAAACAUGAUCAUAAGCCGUUCAAAUCGAAGCAUGCCACCAAAGGUCAAAUCAAGGCUAGGAUAAAGGGUAAGGUUGAAAAAUCAUCCAAUAGUCUGGGUGGCAGUAAACUGCUGAAAGUUGUAUCGAAAUUGGAGAGGAAAAAUCUAUCAAAACAACAACGAGAUAAUAAGAUCUUGGAAACGAAAUUAACUAAGAGAUUGUUUGAAGGUAAUUCGGGAGCAGAAAAGAUUGUUACCAUAAUUACAUUAACUGACGAUUUGUCUGCAGUUGAUAUUGCCAAUCGAUUAUUCAAUGAACAAGAAAGCAACGAUAAUGGUUCUACUGCUAAAUUCAAUUUUGAUUAUCCCUCAGUGACAAACAUAAAUAUUGGCAAAUUCAAAACUAAUUUAAAAGUGAUAAUUCCCCAUCAAAGUAAUAUGAUUAGUAUUCUUGAUGCUGCCCAAGUGUCUGAUUUUGUUCUCUUGGGGAUAUCGGCAACAGAGGAAAUUGGAGAGAACUCAUUUGGUGAAACCAUCUUACGAGCAUUGAUUGCCCAAGGUAUCUCAACAACAAUUGGGGUAUUACCAAACAUUGUACUGGCUUACCCAAAACGCAAUUUACAAUUAGACGUCAAGCAAUCGUUACAAUCAUUUUAUCAUCAUUUUUUUCCUUCACGAGAUGGAUCAUCGAAUCGAGGCAGUGGCAGUGAUAGUGGUGGGAAUAAAUUGUACCUGUUGGAAUUGGAUUCUGAUAACUCUAAUUGUUUGCGGAUAAUAUGUCAAAAAUUCCCCCAGCUGAUAUCUUGGAGAGAUUCUCGUGGGUGGUUGGUUGCCGAUAAAGUUGAGAUUGACAACUCUUCUGACAUGUCUGUGGAGAAUCAACAACAAAUGAUGGUGGUAGAAGGUAUGGUGAGAGGAAUUGGUUUCAAUGUGAAUCGAUUAGUUCACUUGCCAGGGUUCGGUGAUUUCCAAUUGCACAAGUUGGAAAAAUUGACAAGAAAAGCUCGCGGCAACAGUUUUCGUAAUCACUAUGGCGGUAUGGAUAUAGACACUGGCAAUGAUGGUGAUGUCGAGGAAACGUUUUUGCCAAAUGAACAGCAAGAACUGUUGGACGAAUUGAAUCCCGAUGAAGGUAUUGAUAUGGGAGCCACGGAAGAUGACAAUGAUUUCUAUAAUAAUGAUGACUUUGGUGUUAGAUCGGAGGGGAAGAUAUAUUUUGAUAAUGGCAACAACAACAAUGGUAGUGGUACUUUUGGCUCAAGCAAAAAGCUUGUUCCAAGAGGUACUUCAGAAUAUCAAGGAAGAUGGUUUGUUGAUGAUGUGUUGGAUGAAGAUGCAUCUGACUUAGAGGAACAGGAAGAACAAGAAGAAGCCAAUAUGGCAGAAGAUGAUAUGAUAAUGGAAGAUAACAUUGAGGCCGAGGACUUUGCUGACAAUGCCGAAAGUAUUCAUGAUUCAGAAAUGAUGCAUGUUGAUUUGUCCCCAGAAGAAGAAAGCCGUCAACUCGAACAAUACCGAUCAUUGGCAAAAGAGGAUUUGGAGUUCCCUGAUGAACUUGAAUUGCAUCCUAAUGAAUCGGCAAUAGAACGGUUGAAAGGAUUCAGAGGGGUCAAAUCGUUAGGUAAUUGUGAUUGGGAUUAUGAUGAGUAUGACCCUGAAGCACCAUCGAUAUUGAAGAGAUUAUUCCAGGUGUCAAAUUAUAAAGCCACGAAAAACAAAGUCAAUAAGCAAUUCAUUAAACAAACUGAAGUCACUGCAGGUAAUAGAGUCAGGUUAUACAUUAUCAUCCCUCCUGGCGCUUCCAGCAAUAUAAGUAACGUCAUUGGCAAUUGCUCGAGUAUUCCAUUCCCGGUAUACGAGUUAUUGGAACACGAGCACAAGUUGGGAGUUUGUAAUUUUUCAUUUGAGACAUGGCAAGAUUAUGAGAAACCGAUUGUUAACAAAGAACAAAUCAUCGUUCAAUAUGGGCCAAGAAGACAAAUUAUCCAACCAUUGUACAAUCAGGCUAACAAUAAUCCAAACAACGUUCAUAAGUUGGAGAAUUUUGUGCAUCAUAGCCAAGGUGGCAGUGGUGCGAUUAUUGCCACUGCUAUAACCCCAGUAUUAUUUACUAAUUCGCCAACUUUAUUUUUCAAAAUUCAUCCCAACUCUAACGAUAACACCAAUUCGAAUAGCGGAUCAGUUGAAUUUAUUGGUAAAGGGACUUAUUUGGGCAGCGAUCCUAAACGUAUCAUGGUACAAAGAGUAGUUUUAACUGGUCAUCCAAUAAAAAUUCAUAAGCGUGUGGUCACUAUCCGUUAUAUGUUUUUCAAUCGUGAAGAUAUCAACUACUUCAAAGCGGUUUCGUUGUUUACAAAGAAUCUGGGACGAGUCGGGUUUAUCAAGGAGAGUCUUGGUACUCAUGGUUAUUUCAAAGCCAAUUUCGAUGGAAAAUUGACGUCGCAAGAUGUUGUUGCUAUGAGUUUAUAUAAACGAUCCUGGCCAGAAGUUUCAACUAUCUGGAGUAAGUUUAAUUAUUAG